AUGAGUAAGUCUCGGCUCCUUCAAGCUAUCGAUCUGAGAGUCGCGAAUGCUAGGCACCCACCUGUCACCGCCAACAUUCCUCGCCUAAAGAGUCCCGACUCCGCAACGAUCCCUCUCCGCACUCUAUCCCCUAGCCGGCGACCAGACAGGGACUCCGCCUCGAUAGACGAGAAGGAGGGUCUCCGUCACCGGCGCUCCACGGACUCUGCAGGCUCAGACUUUUCCCUCUGGAGUGAUACCGGUGACCUCGCUGAGCAGCUCGCUGAAGAGGAGGAUCCUCUCCGCAUCAAUCUACGGGGCUCUAUAGAUCAGAGCUCUGCACGCUCAAGAGCGCAAGAGAAGCGUUCGAAACACGUUCACUAUCCACUCGAUACCGUUUCGCCAAGCAGGAGUGCUAAACCUGGAGUCGACAAAGAGGCUAUUGAAAUACCGAGUCCUCCGCCGAGGAAGAUCUCUUUCGUUGAGAAGUCACUGGCGGUCAUAAUGACAGGCAACCGCCAGAAAGCACAAAGUCAUGGCCUGGUGGGCAAACCAUUGCUGUAUGAAUCUAAUAAUGUCGUAUCUGAUCAAGAGCAUACGCUGAUUGCCGGUAGCUAUUUUACAAGUGUUUUUGUUUCUUUAGGGGUUUUCCUUUUUGGUUACGACCAGGGCGUGAUGUCUGGUAUUAUAACUGGUUCCUUCUUCAAAGACUACUUUAAUCAACCCACGAGAGCAGAAAUAGGGACAAUGGUUGCUAUUCUUGAAGUCGGAGCCUUCAUAGCAUCGUUGGGCGUGGGACGAAUAGGGGAUGUGCUUGGUCGGCGAAGGACCAUCCUCUACGGCUCGGCGGUCUUCUUUGUUGGAGGCGUCUUCCAGACCUGCGCCAAUGGCAUGCCCCUGAUGAUCUUUGGACGGAUCAUCGCAGGACUUGGUGUCGGUGCUCUCUCGACUAUCGUCCCUGUAUAUCAAUCCGAAAUAUCGCCGCCCCACAAUCGAGGGAAGCUCGCGUGUAUCGAGUUCUCAGGCAACAUAAGCGGCUACGCAGCGAGUGUUUGGGUGGAUUACUUCUGCAGCUUCAUAGAUAAUGAUUAUGCUUGGCGGAUACCGCUACUGUUACAGUGCGUUAUGGGCUUGCUUCUUGGAUUUGGCUCCUUGAUCAUCUGCGAGUCACCAAGAUGGCUGCUUGACAAUGAUCAUGACGAAGAAGGUAUCAUUGUGAUAGCUAAUCUCUACGGAGGUGGCGAUAUACAUAACGACAAAGCGCGACAGGAAUACCGUGAGAUCAAAAUGGAUGUGCUACUCCAGCGCCAAGAAGGCGAAAGAACAUACUAUGAGAUGUUCCGCAAAUACUCUAAGCGUGUCUUCAUCGCUAUGUCUGCUCAAGCCAUGGCUCAAUUGAACGGUAUCAAUGUCAUAUCUUACUAUGCACCCCUUGUAUUCGAAUCCGCAGGCUGGGUAGGGCGCGACGCUAUUCUCAUGACUGGAAUCAAUGGCCUGACCUAUCUGGCUUCUACGGUACCACCCUGGUAUGUUGUCGACAAAUGGGGGAGACGCCCUAUUCUCUUAUCAGGCGCACUGGCAAUGAUACUGUCCUUGUCAGCCAUAUCAUAUUUCAUCUUCAUUGAUAUUCACGCGACGCCAGCUUUGACCGUGAUAUUUGUGAUGAUCUAUAACGCAGCGUUCGGAGCUUCUUGGGGUCCAAUUCCAUGGCUUUAUCCGCCGGAGAUUUUACCUCUCAGCAUAAGAGCUAAGGGGGCAAGUCUGAGCACCGCAGCGAAUUGGGCUUGUAACUGGUUGGUAGGUGAGAUGACGCCUAUCCUGCAAGAAUGGAUCAAGUGGCGACUGUACCUCGUGCACGCUUUCUUUUGUGCUGCCAGCUUCGUCCUUGGUAAGCUCAUCCCGAGAAGCGUAUAUUUCAUCUAUCCAGAAACUGCAAAUGUACGUUUGGAAGAUAUGAGUCAGCUUUUUGGCGAUGCCACGACUGCCAUGCCAACUCCAGCCCAGCAAGCUGAGGUGGAUUCCUUGAUGAGCGGGCGUUCACCAGUCCCGUCACUGGAUAUUCGACGUGAUGGACGUGGUCUAGGUAACUUUACCGCGGACAACGCCAUACCUGGUCUUGAUAUCAAUCCCCCUGAUGGCGAUGGGAAGGCAUCAGAGCCGCCCGCUCCCAAAAGCGAAGGCUUGGGAGGGUGGAUAUCGCGGCUGGCGCAAAGGACGAGGGGUGAGGGAAAGCGAGACAAAGGUGGGGACUAUGGGCGAUUACAAGACCGAGAAGAUGAUUGA